CAUUAAAUGUUUGCCCAAACCCCACCCUCGCGCCUCCUAUAAAUUGGCUAAAAAACCCCUCUUUUUCUCUCUCUUAACUCUAAUGGCGACCCACUUGGAACAAGAAAGAGAGAGAGAGGAUGAGGGAGAAAGGUCCCCAAGCUCUGAACCAGAGGAGCAAUCCCAUCAUAGAGAAGAUAAAAAGGAGGAGAGAGAAGAAGAGAGAGAUGGGAAUUUGCAGAGAGUGGGUCAUGGUGGGCUCGGGAGCAGAGGGCUUGGAGGUUUGAGCACAGCUCGAUACAAGGCUCUUUCGCCUGCAAAUCUCCCCAUUGGGCGCUCCUCAUGCCCACCCAUCUUGAGCCCAUCCGCCAUGCUUGACUCCCCUGUGCUUCUCUCUAACAUGCAGCAUGCAGAGCCAUCCCCAACUACAGGUUCGUUCAUGUUGCCACCAUUUCUUUACAAUGCUGUCAAGCCUGAUCCAGGUUCUUCUAAACCGGAUGACUCUAAACCUUGUCAUGAUGAAGAUGGGGGUUCUGCUUGGUUCGUAUUUAAACCACACAUCAAAUCGGGCCAACCUUCACUGGGAGAUUUGGCCUCUUCUAGCACAAACUACCAGCAAUGCGAAAAGCUCUCACAAGUCCAGACACAAUCGCUCACUUCUUCCGUCGAUGUAACUUCUGCCAAGAAUGAGCAUGUAGCCCUCACUGAACAUGAACUGAGCCUCUCUAUUACCUCUCCAACGCUCCCGUCCCAUAUGGCCUCUUCCCAAGUUAAUGGUUCCAAUGGAGUUUCUUCUGAGGAAUUGCAAGCCCGACAAUGUUCUAGUAGUGGAAUUCAAAAAGGAUCAAGCCCACUGACUGUUGUAGAGAGGUCCUCAGAAGAUGGGUUUAACUGGCGUAAAUAUGGUCAGAAACAGGUUAAGGGUAGUGAGUUUCCAAGGAGCUAUUACAAGUGCACAUAUCCCAACUGUCAAGUGAAGAAAAUAAUGGAGCGCUCUCUUGAUGGAAGGAUUACUGAUAUCAACUAUAAGGGUCAGCACGAUCAUCCUAAGCCCCAGCCAAGCCGUCGAUUAGCUGUUGGUUCUGUUCAAGCUAUCCAAGAAGGAGAGGAAAGAUCUGAACUAUUUCGUUCUUCUAUCAAUGCCGAAGAUAAAUCAUCAAAUGCCCAAGGACAGUUCUGUAAUUAUAUGGAUCCAAAUGGUACCCCUGAGCUAUCAUCUGUCUCAGCUAGUGAAGAUGAUACCGAAAGUGGCAGUGUCCAAGCUAAUAAGACUCGCGAUGAAGUUGAGGAUGAUGAUCCUGAGUCAAAACGCAGGAAGAGGGAAUUUAGUGCUGUUGAUUCUGCAUUACUCUGCAGAUCAACCCGUGAGCCACGUGUUGUUGUUCAAACUACAAGUGAAGUUGAUAUUCUUGAUGAUGGGUACCGGUGGCGUAAAUAUGGGCAGAAAGUAGUGAAAGGAAAUCCUAAUCCAAGGAGCUACUACAAAUGCACCAAUGCUGGGUGCCCUGUAAGGAAACAUGUGGAGAGGGCAUCCCAUGACCCCAAGUCGGUCAUUACCACAUACGAAGGCAAACAUAACCAUGAUGUACCCUCAGGACGGGCAAACACCUCCGAAAACACGUUUUCCGCAAUAAGCCAUAGUCCACCUACGCCCAAUUCUCACCCUUUAGCUCCUCAAAAUUUAAUCUUGGGACCAACCACUACUAACCAAGCUGAGGGAACAAAAAUAUCAUACUACGAUCAUUCAGUCAGUCUAGAUUUAGGUGUUGGGGUGGGCCCCGGUUUGGACAACAGAUACCUUGAGAAGCUUAGAACGCUGGAUUCUGCAACAUCCUCGAUUCAAAUUGAUGGUCUAGAAGUUGGUAAAGUAAUUCAAGCAACCCCGAUUUCUUCACUUCAAGGUGGUGGGAGUGAGGUAAGAGAGGGGGAGCCUCAUAAUGCUGUAGAGAAGAGAAAGAGUUUCACUUUUGAAACACCAAAGCCAGUCUAUGAAGCAUCGGGCCCAUAUUAUCAAAGCAUGGGGAGAUUACUACUGGGUCCAUGAGCUUGUGUUUCUUUUUAAUUGCAGGGUAACUGGUUUCUCACAUGCAUUAUCAGGAUGGAAGAUGUUUACUCUGUUUAUCAGUCAAAUAAAAGUCGAGGCCCAAAUCUUCGAGAGGCAAGUAUAUGUUGUAAAUUAUUGAAUCUAAAUUGCUUCCGCUGCCUGAAGAGCAAGCAGUGGAUGCUGUAUCUUAUGUUGAAUGUUAUAAUGUUAUUAGCCACAUUAUUUAA